AACUCUCUUUACGUUUUCGCUUCCUCCCAUUUCAAAGCUUCAAGAACACAAAAUCUGCAAGCCCUUUCUCUUCCAGCUCUUUCACAACAACCAAACUCAACGGAAAAGCGUGAUUUUCAUUGGAUGGUCUUCGUUGAAUUCAAGUUCCUAGCUCUAGUUUCGCCUUGUUUUCUUGAAUAAGGAUUCAAAAACGGGUUCUUGAUCCUCCAAGAGAGGAUAUAUUCUCUGGGUUUUGAUGCUAUUAGGUAGAAAGAGUUUUUCAUAGAUUUUGAAGAGAUGUCUUAUUGUUUGAAGGCUGGUUUUUCCGUUUCUGGGUCGAGUGAGAUUCUUGUCAAGAACAGAGGGAAAGGGUCUUUUAGGGUUGGUUCUACAAUAGGGACUCUCCAAUUUAAGGAAUCGAAUCCAAAAGAGUUUUGGGGCAAAGCCCUUGAAUUCUCAGAUCAGAAAGCUGUUUGCAAUUUGAGUAUCAAAGCCCCAAAAUUGGACCCUGUCUAUGCACAAGCAUCUGUUUCUUUUGGGAAAGCUCUGAGAUGGUGGGAAAAAUCCCUUCAGCCAAACAUGAUAGAGAUCAAUUCAGCUCAAGAGUUGGUGGAUUCUUUGUUAAAUGCUGGUGAUAGAUUGGUUAUAGUAGACUUUUAUUCCCCUGGUUGUGGUGGUUGCAAAGCUUUGCAUCCUAAGAUCUGCCAACUUGCUGAAUUGAAUCCGGACGCCGUGUUUCUCAAGGUCGAUUAUGAACAACACAAGGCAAUGUGCUAUGCGCUUCAUGUCCAUGUCUUGCCCUUCUUCAGAUUCUACAGAGGUGCAGACGGCAGAGUGUGUAGCUUCAGCUGCACCAAUGCAACAAUCAAGAAAUUUAAAGAUGCAUUGGCCAAACACGGGACGGAGCGAUGCAGUCUUGGCCCAGCAAAGGGUCUGGAUGAAUCAGAGCUGCUGGCCUUAGCCUCAAUUGGUCAGAUAUCAAGAAGCACAGCACCGAAACCGACGGAGGAAGAGAAGGUGGAGGACUUGGUUCUGCAAGAAACUGCCAAGUCUUCCACCGCAUUCAUCAAAGAUGACAGCAAGAUUGCAGUGGAAGAAGGGAAUGCCAUGGCGAUGGCAUAGAGUUAGAGACUCAACAUUGAAGAAGGGUCAAUGUUUUGUUCUCUUCUUUCUGCCUUUGUUGGAGAUGUGUAUAUAUGUAAUAUGUAUGUGUAUUUUUGUAUAAGCCAGGGCUCUUGGUUUUUAGAUGGUAAGCCCUGUCUGUAUGGAGAACCUGUCGUUUCUGGGGUUCGAUGUCGAAAUUUCACUGAAGAGACGACUGUAGACUUGUGUCUCUUUGGUGGUAUUGUAUACUUUGAUUUGUAUUUUUGAAGAUGCAAGAGAUUAAUGUAAUGUUUGUCUCAUAUUGUACAGUUCUAGUGUGU